AUGACCCUGGCAGCCUCCUCCCAGCGCUCCCAAAUCAUCCGUUCCAAGUUCCGCUCUGUCCUGCAGCUUCGGAUCCACAGACGGAAUCAAGACUGCACCUCUGAUUCAGAUCCGUGGAUCUCAGCCUCAGGCCCAGCUCUGGCUACAGCCUUGCCUCCUGUUCCUGCGUCUUUCCUUGUCAACCCUGGCGUCUUGUCGCCUGAGCCAACAUAUUGUCCUUGGAGGUCCCCCAAGAAGGAAUCUCCUAAGAACUCCCAACACUGGAAGGAGCCGAAGGUCAGGGGGAACUUGACUUAUCACCUGUACACGCCUCCACAACGGAGACAAGGGCCAAGGGCAGAUCUCCAAGCGGAGAGGUCAACCCUCGGUCCCCCAGAACCACCUCUGUGGGAUGAGAAAAACUCACAGAGGCCUCACUCUCGGAUGAAGCCGUCCUCCCCAGCAGUCUCCAGUCCCUCGCCCUCUUCACACAAACUGGAACUUCAGACCCUUAAACUGGAAGAGCUGACGGUCUCAGAGCUCCGGCAACAGCUGCGUCUGCGGGGACUCCCGGUGUCCGGGACCAAAGCGAUGCUUCUGGAGCGCAUGCGUGGUGGCGCCCCGUCCAGAGAGCGGCUGAAGCUCCGGCGCGAGGACAAAGAGGCGGGGGCUCCCUGGCCGCGUCUCAGGCCCAAGGCGCUGGGAACUACCCGGCGGCCCAGCACGGUGAAGGCGAGUGCUACAACUCCUCGGCUGAGGUUUUCUGGAGCUGUGGAUCCCCUGGGACCAGCUCCCGUUCCCGCUCCACCUUUGGCUCCAGCUCCCGUUCCUGUUCCGGCUCGGGCUCCUGUUCCCGCUCCAGCUCUGGCUCCCGCUCCGGCUCCCUCUCCCGUUCCCGCUCCAGCUCCCUUGCCGACACCUCCAGCCAGCCUGACUCUGGAAGAGGAGCUGCAGGAAGCGAUCCGAAGGGCGCAGCUGCUUCCGAACCGGGGCAUCGAAGACAUCCUGGAAGACCAAGUGGAGCCAGAUGAGCUGCUGCCUCCUAUCCCCUUGGACUUCCCUGGCUCAUUCGACGUGCUGUCUCCCUCCCCGGACUCAGAAGGCUUCUCUUCCGUCUUCUCUUCCUCGCUCCCGUCCCCCACAAGCUCCCAGUCCCCUUCUCCAAGGGCCCUCACGGAUUCCUUGGACUGGCUGGAGGCCUUGAGCGGGGGUCCUCCGCUGGGCUCUGGGCCUCCAGGCCCCAGCAUCUUCUCUGCGGACUUAUCUGACCCCAGUGGCACUCGGCUCUGGGAACUGCUGCCAGAUCCAUGGUGACAGACCCUGCGGUUUCCAAGGAGAGGUCAUCUGCACCCACAGGACCCUUCAACUACAGGAUUCAAGAUGCCCUCAUCCCCUCCUGGCCCACUGCUGCUGACAUGUCAAACGCCUAGACCUGCCUACCUGCCCUCUGCGUGAUCCCCUGCCAGUCCCUGUAGUUGGGGUUAGGGUUUCAUUUGCUACUAGCCAGUGCAAACAAGCUUACUGCCUCCCUCAGAGACCUUCCUCCAGACCCUGCAUGGCUGCCCGUCAUGUGGGGAUCUGGAAGUUUGUGUUGAUGGGGUUUAGGAAAGGACCACGUGAGAGUAGAAGCAAGGCACCCCUGAGUUCUAGUUAGAGGUGAGAGGACCAGAGGCUACUCAUGGGGGGUGACAACAACCUCCCUGUGACCUUGAACCUCUGAUCCCCUCCCCACUUCUACCCCCUCAGUGUCCCCUGAGUGCUGCGAUUACAGAUUGAGCCAUCACACCCAGCUCUUCCAGGAGCCAGGAGGUGGGGAGAUGGAGAAUAGCGAAGAGGAGCUAGAAUGUGGCCUCCACCUCAUGCUGUGAGGGUACCUGCCUGGUGAAUUAAACUGUGGAUCUCCUGUG